GUGCUCCACAUAUAUAAUGAAUAGGUCAUUAAUGUUUCUGGUUUGUUGUUUUAUCUGAUAUGUACCAUCUCAACCAAAGCCACCUUUUAAAAAAAGAAGUUCCUGUCUAGUCAUGUGACUUCCUCAAGCGUUUAGUUCUGCACUCCAGCGAUCAGAGAAGCGCUUUUCUUCUGCCUCUUCCUCCGCUGGUGGCUUUUGUCUCUCUAACAGGAGCGAGACUUUCACACACACCUGACGGCUGGGAGACACUGACCACCAUCAUGUUACGACGGAAACCAUCCAACGCUUCGGAAAAGGAGCAGAGCCAAGCACAGAAGAAGAAGCCUCUGCAAAGAUCCGCUAGCUUCAAAGACUUUAUGAAGUCAAAGCCCUCGUCACCUGUAACCAACCCUGAGCCUCUGUUGAACGAAUCACUGUUUGAAGCUGCGCCACCAGAGGAAUCAGGGAAAAGUCACGGGAAACUGGGAAAGAAAUGGAGAAAUGUCAUAACGCGCACAAUGACCCGUAAAACAUCCAAGAUGGUUCAGAAAGCCCUUGCAGAGGAGGGGAAUGAGAGUGGUGAGGACGGCUCUAUGUCCCCUAUGUCUCCCACUGACUGGACGCCUGAUCUGACUGCUGGAAACAGGACAUCAGUGUGCUCCAACAGCUCAGAGGACACAAUCCACAGCCCGCUCUCUCGCCAGCUCUCUGGAUGUGCAGACAGGCAGAGUCUAGACAGCGGCUUCAGCCAGCGGGACAGUAUGAGACUGGAGGACAGCACCUACAUGGGGCCCUUCUGCGGCAGAGCCGUUGUCAUAACUGACUUCACCCCCAGCCCGUAUGAUAUAGACUGCCUCAAACUACAGAAAGGAGACAUCAUUCAGAUUAUUGAGAAACCCCCGGUGGGCACCUGGACCGGCAAACUCAACAACAAAGUGGGCUCUUUUAAAUUCGUCUACGUCUCAAUGCUACCAGAGGAGGAAACGCCACCAAAAAGGAAGCGAAGCCACAGUCAUGGGCACCAGAAAGCCAAACCAAAAACCUUGGAGGAAGUUCUGGAGAGAAUAGGCCUGACUGAGCUGGGAUCUCUCCUGUCCAUGCACGGCUUCCAGAGUUUGGAGGAUUUUACUGGCCUGAAGGAGUCCCACCUGAAUGAUCUGAACAUCACAGACCCGGAGCAGCGUGUAAAGAUACUGAAAGCCACAGAACUGAUUCAUGACUCGGAGGAUGAAUCCGAUGCAGAGGAGCAAAAGACUGAAAUGCCACGGGACUCGGGUUGUUAUGAGAGCACAGAGAACCUGGCAAACGAACGCGAGGAGCCCCAGGUGGAUUCCCAAGCGGAGCCAGAGACAGAUCCAGACACAGAGAUAAAGCUCAAUGCUGUACAGGAACAACUUGAGGUGAUGAAGGUGGAGGAAAGCCCUGAGACUCAGACAGAGUGAAGCCACCAGUGUAUGUUCCUUCAUUUGAUCCUGCUUCAUUAUAACUCUCUAUGAUGAUGGUCGAGAGCAUGACAUGUCCAUACACUGGAUUAAAUCACAUGAAGAAAAACAUUUCCACAUGUACAGCCCAAACUGAGGCCAAAAACAUCUCUUAGAUGAAGGUAAUCAUCAAUGGAAACAGCUCUCUUUGACAUUGUUGAUGUUCAGAAAGUGACACCACUUUAAAAAUCUAGGCUUAGCUUUUAUGAUUUUGGUGGGAAAAGGAAGCAUAGUAGGAAGCAAAUAGUGUUUGUGUUUUAUCCCAACAUCAUAAAAUACAAAGCAUGGUGGAACCUUUAAAAUCAGAUUUACUUGUAAGGUUGUUAAGCCAUCCUUUCUGUUAAAUAUUUCAUGUACUAUACAUUCACCGGCCACUUUAUUAGUUACACCUUACUUAUACCAGGUUGGACCCCAUUUUGUCUUCAGAACUGCCUUAUCCUUUAUGGCAUAGAUUUAACAAUAUACUGGAAAUACACCUUAGAGAUUUUGAUCCACAUUGACAUGAUAGCAUCACGCAGUUGCUGCAGAUCUGUCGGCUGCACAUCCAUGAUGUGAAUCUCCCAUUCCACCACAUCCCAAAUGUGCUCUAUUGGAUUGAAAUCUGAAGAUUGUGGAGACCAUUUGAAUACAGUGAUAUCAUUGUCAUGUUCAAGAAACCAGUCUAAGAUGAUUCACACUUUGACAUGGCGCAUUAUCCUGUUGGUAGUAGCCAUAAGAACAUGGGUACUCUGUGGUCAUAAAGGGAUGGACAUGGUCAGCAACAAUACUCAGGUGGGCUGUGGUGUUGGCAGGAUGCUCAGUUGAUACUUAUGGGCCCAAAAUGGGUCAAGAAAAUAUCCCCCACAUCAUUACACCACUAGCCUGUACCGUUAAUACAAGGAAGGAUGGAUCCAUGCUUUCAUGUUGUUGACGCCAAAUUCUGUCUCUACAAUUCAAAAGUCACAGCAGAAAUCAAAAAUCAUCAGACCAGGCAACGUUUUUUUUUUUGUUAGCUGAAAAGAUUGGCACCCAGUGUGGUCUUCUGCUGCUGUAGCCCAUCCGCCUCAAGGUUGGGCAUGU